AUGACAAACAGCGAAGUUAUGUACGUAACUGACCAAAGCGAUUAUGACUCUUUUGCUUUUCGUCAUCGUUCUAUCCUCAAUAAGGCCGUCUUCAAGCGAGAUCAUAUUCAACCUUGUCAGAAAUCAGCUGUGUACAAAAUUGACGUCACAGUCGGCGACGACGUUGCCCUAAUAUGCAUUUGGAGCAAUCCCUACUAUGACGCAUUAGAAUGGACACUCGGAAAUAUGGUCAUUGCAGACUGCAAUAAACUACAACAAAUAGGUGUCUGUGCUAAACAAUUUGCUCACCACAGAGAUAGAACUCUUCACUUUCGAAACAUAAAAUCGACAUUCAGAGAUGGGCAAUUUCCUACAACAAAAAUCAGCUCGCCUGCAAGUGUAAGAGACGGCGAGUUAGGGAGAUCGGAUGAAACUCUCGAUUCCAAGACGAAGACGAUAGUUGCUUUGCUUGCGAGCGUCUUGUUUCUCAUCUUAGCCGUUGGCGUGACCGCGUAUUAUUUGUGGCUACGACGAGUACGUUCUGUUGUUACUGCUCCUGAUAAGAAACCUUCUUCAUUGAAGAAAGAGUGCAGAGUUAGUUUGGAUGCAUACAAGCACUUGGAAUUUGAUCGAAAUCACUUGACUUUGUUUGAAAAGUUGGGAGAGGGACAUUUUGGUACUGUUCAUAGAGCUCGAGCUUGUGGUAUCGUUACUCCCGGUGAGAACAUCACUGUCGCUGUAAAAAUGUGCAAAACUAUUGAAGAUAAUGCAGACGAGACAGGAUUCCGUGAACACAGCCUGUGUGUGGAAGUAGAACUUCUUGCUAAGAUCGGUAGCCACAACAACGUCGUCAAACUGUUGGGCAUUUGCUCGCAAGAAGGACCGCUGUGGCUUAUAUUUGAGGGAGCUCAGCUUGGAAAUCUGUUGACGUAUUUGCGAUCUGCUAGAGACGUCGUGGAGGAACAUUCCUGUGCACUUACGACUAAUCAGAGUACAACGGGGGAAAAUGUAGUCAUCACACAAAAAAAAAUGUUUACGUUUGGAGAGCAGAUAGCAAAGGGAAUGGCGUACCUCAACAGCCAAAACAUACUCCACCGUGAUCUUGCCGCCCGCAAUGUCUUGGUGUUUGAUAACGAAGUACUCAAAAUGAGCGAUUUUGGAUUGGCCAAAGACAUCAAAUAUCAUGAUUACUAUCGUAGUAAGAUUUCGUGCGAAAUGCCGGCAAAAUGGAUGUCUCCAGAGGCAAUCAUGCAUAAAGUCUAUACGCAAGCUAAUGAUGUGUGGUCGUUUGGGAUCGUGCUGUGGGAAAUAGCUACUCUUGGUGGGUCUCCAUAUCCUAGUAUUCCUAUUUCAAGGUUGUAUGAUCUUCUCGUUGAGGGUUAUCGCAUGAGCUGUCCUGUCAAUUGUCCUCGUCUUCUUCAUACCAUAAUGCUUCGUUGUUGGGAAGCUAAAGCAAGUGAAAGGCCAACUUUUGUGACUCUCAUUACAAUGCUUUCUCAUUCGAUAGAAGAAACGAAAAUAGCAUUUGCUCUUUAAAGUUCUACAGUGAGUCGUUGUAAUAACAAACUGUGUCAUGUCUUGCAGUAUCCAAGAGCUGUCGGGCAAGAAUUUAUUGACACUGUAAAAACAGCU